AGGUGGUGUGGUAUCUGGGCCUGUGAAGUUUCUGGAAUUGAAAAUUCACCAGGAAAGAUCAUCUGUGUGCGGCCCCAUAGAUAUUUUACCAGGUGAGAUUCUAGGCAGGAAGAGAAGGAGAGGAAAGGGGUUCCUGCUCUGCUCCAGGCAAAUGUGGCACUGAGAAGGAGCAUAUUUCGUCAGAUUUCACCAAGGUAUCAAAAAUGAAGUCAAGGAUUAACACGUGCAGUACAUAUAAUUCAAGCUCAGGUGGUGUGGCAUAUGGUCUUGUGAAGCAGUAUCUGAAACUGAAAAUCCAUCAGUGAAGAUCAUCAGUGUGCGACCGCAUAGAGUGCUAUUCUAUCAGCCAGAAGGGAAGAUCUUCCAGGCAGGAAGAGAAGCAGAGGAAAGGGAUCCCUGCUCUGCUCUGCUGAAACCAUUGGCGGGCGAAUGCGGCAACGGACAGGAGCACACCGCCUCUGUCCUCUGAUAUCACCAAGCCAGCGCGCGCCUCCUCGUCUCCACGCACCAAGAAGCAGAGCAUCCCCAAUGGCGCGUUGGGCUGCCGUGUGCGCCGUCGCCGUGGCCCUGGCGCUGCUGGCGGCGUCGUCGGCGGCCGCGUGGCUGCACGAGGAGUUCACCACGGAGGGCAACGUGCGGGCCGGCUACGACGCGCGGGGGCAGCAGGUGGCGUCGAUCGUCCUCGACCGGCAGUCGGGCGGCGCCUUCCGCUCCCGGCGCAGCUACCUCUAUGGCCAGUUCAGCGUCCAGAUCAAGCUCGUCCCCGGCAACUCCGCCGGCACCGUCGCCUCCUUCUACCUCUCGUCGGGCGACGGCCCCGGGCACGACGAGAUCGACAUGGAGUUCAUGGGCAACAGCACCGGCCAGCCGGUGGCGCUCAACACCAACGUGUGGGCCAACGGCGACGGCAAGAAGGAGCAGCAGUUCUACCUGUGGUUCGACCCGGCCGCCGACUACCACACCUACACCAUCAUCUGGAACGACCGAAACAUCAUCUUCAAGGUGGACGACCUCUUCCUCCGCUGCUUCACCCGCCACGCCGACCUGCCCUACCCGGGCGCCAAGCCCAUGUCGGUGCACGCCACGCUCUGGGACGGCAGCUACUGGGCGACGCAGCGGGGCAAGGUGAAGGUGGACUGGUCCGCCGCGCCCUUCGUCGUCUCCUACCGCGGCUACCUCGCCGACGCCUGCGCGCCCGCCGGCGCCGGCCGCCCGCUCGCCUGCCCCGCCGGCACCGGCCGCUGGAUGCGGCGCCGGCCCAGCGCCGCCGAGCGGGGCACCGUCGCCUGGGCCAGGAAGAAUUACAUGCGCUACAACUACUGCGACGACGGGUGGCGGUUCCCCAAGGGGUUCCCCGCCGAGUGCUCCCGCAGCUGAUCGGCUGACCGGUGCUUGCUCGACACCAACCUCUGAUCGAUCAUGGAUCAUCGAUGGGCAUGACAUUUUGGCAUCCAUUGAUCCAUACUGUUCUUGAUCUCGCUCUCUCUGCUCUUUUACUGCCAUAGUGAUUGUUACCGAGACGGAUUAAAGAUACUAAAGGUGAAUUCUUCAAGAAAUGUUGAUGAAAAAUGUUGGAAAAAACUGUGGAUUUGCUAAUGUAAUCUGGCAGCUGCACAUGGUGUCAGUCUCGGGCAGGUAAAAACGAACGAUAAACAAUGCCCUGUCGGCUGAUUCAGAUUUGAAUUGCGUUGAGAUUCGGUGUAAUCCAUGUGGUGGUUUCCCCCCAUUUCUCAAAGAGGGUUGUGCCU